AUGGGCAGAAAGCUAAUCUCCUUCGGCGUAGAUGUGGAUGCGGUAGCUGGCUGGCUUGGCUCGUAUGGUGGGGAGAACUCCCCCGGGGACAUCUCACGCGGCAUGUUCGCAGGCGAAGUCGGCACCCCUCGGCUCCUCAAGAUGUUUGCCAAAUACGGUAUCAAGACGACAUGGUUCAUCCCCGGUCAUUCACUCGAUACAUUUCCCAAGGAGAUGGCUAUGGUCCGUGAUCAGGGACAUGAGAUAGGUCUGCACGGGUACUCGCACGAGAACCCCACUGCGAUGUCGCCCGAGCAGCAGUUGGAAAUUCUGGAACAUACUUUCAAGCAGCUCACUGAUUUCUGUGGGAAGUCGCCGGUGGGCUCGGUCGCUCCUUGGUGGGAAGUAAGUAAAGAGGCUACAGAGAUGCUCCUCGACAAGGGAAUCAUGUAUGACCACUCAUUCCAGCAUCACGACUGUCAGGCCUACUGGCUGCGCAUCGGGGAUACCUGGAAACCUAUCGACUACAGCCAAGAAGCCAAAACGUGGAUGGAACCGCUGAAGAGAGGGGAAGUGACGGGGAUGGUCUCCAUACCUGCUAAUUGGGACCUGGACGACCUUCCCCCGCUCAUGUUCAUCAAAGACUCGAAAAACUCGCACGGCUUCGUCGACGUCCGAGGGAUAGAGGAAAAGUGGAAGGCUCACUUUGAGUACUGCUAUCGCGAGAAUCCAGAUGGCUUCUGCAUGCCUAUCACUAUACACCCAGACGUGUCGGGUCGCCCUCACGUGCUGAUGAUGCUGGAGCGGUUUAUCGAGUGGGUCAACACACAUGAAGGGGUGGAGUGGGUGCCGAUGGAGGAGAUCGCGAGGGACUUUAGGGAGAGGAACAAAGCUCCAGCUGGAGCGAGGAUGCCUGCAGGGCUAUAG